CAAAAACAUGCUGCAUCAGGCCCGCCAUGACCACGGCCGUGUAUCGCAGCAGUCCGGCAAUGUCGGUGCCGCUGACACAGAACACUGCGCCUGUUCUGGAAUUCAACUGUCUAUACACGCAUGAUGCUCACAAGAAGCGACGCAAAUGGCAAGAUGGCUUCCUCCGCUUUCAUACUUUCAACAAACGUGUCAUGGUCUACGAUAUCCCGCGGAAUUUCAUCGGAGACGUGCACUGGGCGGGCAGCGAGGCGAUUCAAGAUGGUGAUGAGAUCACGCUGCAGCAGGGCGGCGUGCUGGUUGAAGUUGGGGAGAGUGUUGGCCAGACGCAGACCGAUCUGACAGAGUUGAGGAAGAGCAAGAGCAAGACCAAAGGGCCAUCAUCAUCUUCAUCGCCAGAAAGAGCGGCGCAAAUGGCGAGACCGCAGCCCACCGCAGGCCUGCAGAGAACCAGUGCACAAGCACCACUGAAGCACAAAUCAUUGAACACACUUCUCGGGACACCGAGAGGACCGAUUGGCAAAGCCCAGCUACCCACCAAAUCUCCAUUCGAGGAGAGGCAUGCUCGUAUGGAGAACGAAGAGUGGGAGAACGGGCGAGCACCCAAGCGCGCCCGGGUCGAGAUUGAGACACGACCGAACGCCAAUGAAACGCACAGGGGCUCUAGGAAAGGAGAAAUUCAGGCUCCGUUGUGGGCAAGGACCGCUGAUGCCGCCAAACGAAAAGCGCAAACAUCUACGCACGAGAAUGACCAACAGUCGGGCACGAAGGAAGUGAUCGAUCUAUCGUCCGACGCGCCAACACAGGACGAUCACCGGCCUGGAUUCUCAGAUGACAUUCUUGAGAGUUCUCCAAUGCCUCCGUCAAAGGCGCGUACCAACACAGACCAUGAUGCACCUGUCAGAUCUAGUUCUCCCGCCUUUCAAGUACAAGAGCUGGCGUCCGAUCGUAACCGCAAAAUGGCCGGCAAGCAGACAGAACCUGACACGAAUCAGCGUAGUGCAACAAACGAUCGUACAGAGCAACGCAAGAAAGCUAUAGAAAGAGUGACAGCUGAGAGCCCGUCAGCACAGCGGCGACAGAAGGCUCCGUCUGGUACGCACCACAGCGUUGCGGAUAACAGGCCGAUAGAUACGACAAUUCUUCCCAAGCGGAUUGUCGCAACAGAACGUGGUCAAACUCUCCGCCUGAGCAGUACUGGACGAAGAAAGAGAACGUUAUUGUGCCACGAUCAGCUAAUGAAACCCGUUAAAGAUGCUUCAACAACGACUGCAGGAGUCAACCCGUCAUCGUCUCUGAGUCAAGCUACUGACGGAGAUCAAAUCGACCGAGGGUCAACGCUGCGCGACAAGGUUGAGGCUCGACUUGCGCACAUCAAUGCGAAGAGGAAGGCAUCAAAACGGUCUAGCGUGACUGAAAGCCACGUUGAAAGUCGUCCAGACGACUUGAGAACAAGUGCUGGUUACCUGGUUGACAGCAGCGUCGAAAUGCAAGAAGGACCUGUUCCAGAAUCUGCUGGCGAAGGAAAUGUCUUGCGAGCUGGGCAAGAGCGUGAAACGUCUGCAACACGAUUGGCGCGACUGGAUGGCCUCAUGCUACCGCCAGCAGCCCCUCGACCAGCAACCGUACAUGAGCCCCAGCCUGAAGUACCUUAUAGAAGAUCAGUAUCACCUGCGAAGGAGACGAGAACGCUCCGACGUGUAUUAUCCGACACAACACACCCUACCAAGUCGAAAAGGUUACCAGGUGCUCCAGUGCGGUACACGCCAUCCCCUACGAGGAGGUCGCGCGAAAACACUCCUGGACCCGGAUCUCGCGAUAGGCAGACAACGCCAGUGCCGGCGGGAGGCAAACCAGCCAGAGCUGCUCGCUCGCCUCCUGAUAGGACUGCAUACAGGAAGAAGGGGCCACUGCAGAAGUCUGUGAGCUUGAACGUGACGUCGAAUGGCACAUCAACGGUCAUCCUGAGCAAACCAUUUCACGCACCAGGCAAGGCAAAUGCAAAACCGAAGCGUACUGAGGAGCCAAAAGAUCUGGGGCCAUGGAGUCGAGAGGCCUUUGAUCUUUUCACUUGGCGGCCACCGGGCUGGAAUGAAGAUGCUUGGUGCCUGGGAAAGGGAGAAGGCUCGAAGGAUGAUGAAACAGUAGGAACAGCCUCAGAGAAACGCGCGGAUGCUGCACCUCCACCUGGCUUGAGUGGUGGUACAGCUCUGCCCAUGUUCGGGAGACCUGUGGUGCGCUUAUGAACGACAGAUACCCAAUAAGUUACGAAUGCAUAUGACCUGUACACACAGAUAGAAACAUAGACACAUAAACCUAUACACGC